AUGGCCUCGCUCGACGUCCGCGACGUCUUGAACCUACCGCAGGAUGGCCCCGCGCCCCGUCCGGCCAAGAAGCUCAAGACCGCCGCCAACCGACCGAACCUCAAGGGUCUCGCCCGAGAGGUCCAGAACCUGGGAGGCGACAACCCCAUCGCCAUCGUCCCGGAUGUAUCGUCACAGUUCAAGAAGCGCCGGCUUGCUAACUGGAAGCCCGCGCACUGGGAGCUCAAGCCGUUCCGCAACUCGGCGCGAGACGACGGCAGCCUCGUACUUCGGCACUGGAGGAGGGCGACUGAGGCACCCCAUCCCGGCGACGACAACGGUGCAUCCGAUGCCGCUGCAGCAGAAGAGGCCCAGGCAGAAAGCAAGGCCGCGAGUGGAGAGGCCCAGGUCGAAGACUCGGCGUUUGCCAAGUUCAAUGUGCGGGUCGAUGUCCCUCAGUACAGCGACGACCAGUACAACUCGAAUCUGGCCAGCGAGGAAUGGACCAAGGAGGAGACAGACUACCUCCUGGACGUGGUGAGGGCGUACGACCUAAGGUGGCCGCUCAUCUGGGACCGCUACGAAUAUGCACCCCAGUUGCCAGAAGGCAGCGAUCAGGAGAGCAUGGCCAUGAUCCCGGCGUCCAAGUCGCGCACGAUGGAGGACCUGAAGGCCCGGUACUACGAGAUCGCCGCCAAGAUGCUAGCCAUCCAGAAGCCCGUGCAGUACAUGACGCAGGCAGAGUACCAGAUCCACGACAUCAUGGCCAACUUCAACCCGCAGCAGGAGCGCCAGCGCAAGGAGUUUGCCAUCAACACGCUCAACCGCUCCAAGGAGGAGGCCCGCGAGGAGGAGUCGCUGCUGCUCGAGGUCAAGCGCAUCCUCGCCCGCUCCGAGCGCAUGAACGAGGAGCGCCACGAGCUCUACGCCCGCCUCGACUACCCGCACACCGACUCGGACAUCAGCCCCUUCAAGUCGAGCGCCGGCCUGCAGACGCUGCUGCAGAACCUCAUGAACGUCGACAAGUCCAAGAAGCGCAAGUCGCUGAUGGGCGCCGACGGCGUCAGUCCCGCGGGCCCCGCGGGCGCGGCUGCCGGCCCCAACGGCCAGGCCGGUUCGGCCACACCCGUCGCCGAGUCGGCCAACCGCCGGGAGAGCAUCGCCGCCUCGGGAGCAGCAGGCGCGCACCGCGACUCGGCCGUCGGGACCGAGAAGGGCACGCCCACCACCGAGGCCGCGACGCCCAUCACGGGCAAGAACGCCAAGAAGGGUGCCGCCGCCGCCGCCGCAGCCCAGGCCGCCGCCGAGCGCCGCAAGCUCACGGAGCAGGAGGAGCAGGUCUACGGCGUGUCGCACCACGACCGGCUGGGCCCGGGCCCCACGUUCCGCUACGAGAAAGUCAACAAGCUCUUCACGCAGAAGAGCGGCCAGCAGCAGCUGCGCAUCACCAACGCGCUCAACGAGCUCGACGUGCCCCCCCGGCUCGUCAUGCCGACGGCGGCCGUCACGGCGCAGUUCGAGCAGCUCAUCCACGGCGUCAUCGCGCUCGUCGACCUGCGCAAGGUGGCCGACAAGCUCGACGGCGAGCUCAAGAUCGAGGAGGCGCGCGCGGCGGAGCGGAGGAAGGCGCAGGCCGUGCUGAGCCAGGUCGACGGCGCGGGCGACGAGCCCCCCGCCGGCGGCGACAAGGAGGACGCUGCUGCUGCUGGUGGUGGUGGCGAGAAGAAGGCGGCGGCGGGCGUGGAGGGAGGCGAGAAGGGUGCUGCCGGGGCGGACAAGGAGGGCGGAGACGAGGCGAAGAAGGAGGACGCCGCGGACGGCACGGAGGAGACUCGUGCCGAGGCCGCGCAGGCUACGAACGGGGAGGACAAAGAUGGCGAGGCUGCUGGGGAUGACGACCGCGGCGGGGAGGCGUCCGGGGACGCCAAGGUCGUCAAGGAGGAGGAGGAGGCAUCAGCAGCAGCAGGGGCGCCGGAGAAGGAGGGGAGGGAGAGGAGGCCCGGCAGCAGCGGGCGCCCGGGCAGCAGCGGACGUCCCGGGAGCAGCGGACGGCCCGGGAGCAGCGGCGCGCACAAGCGGAGCGCGAGCGUGCUGAGCACCACGAGCGACAAGAGCGCCAAGAGGCAGAAGAAGUAA